UUGGAUCGUCGUCCUUAGCAACAUUGGGGCUCGUGUUGCAGCAGCUGCGCGCGUAUCAAAGGCUCUCAUUCGUGCUGCAGGUCAGACCGACGGGAGCUUUGUGAAUGUGAGCCUCACUCAAUACACCGGAAUCCCGUCUUUUGGCGCAUUCGGAGCGGUUCUGGAUUCCAGCCGUAUGUGUCGAUCCACUUCAAGAUGAUGCACUGAGGAAAAAAAGCCCACAGCCCACAGUUUGUCUUCACCUCCGCCUGCAGUGAUUAGAGGGAUUGCGGCAUUCGUUGGUCGUCGCUCAUCGGGCUUUCGUCGCCUUUUAUUACCGGGACCGGGAGAACGGUGCUAUCUCGCCCUGUACUCGGCGACAAUAUAAUGGCCACUCUACUGCGGAAGAUCGGUCUCAUUCGUCUUCACGACCGAGACACCGAGGACCCCAAACACCACCAGGGAUCUCUAAAAGGGACGAAGGGCCACCAGAAAAACAACGCCAAGCACUGUCAGACCACCAACGAGACCAACAUCCUGAGUACCCCCGAGAUCAAGGCCAAGAAGCUGGACCUGCACAGCAAGGACAAGGAACGCCCCGGGAAGGAGAAGCAGCAGCAACAGCAGCAGCAGCAGCAGCAGCAGACUGCGGGAGGAGGAGGGGUCCUCGGCGGCGCCUCGAUACCCCCGCACCGGCAGCACUGCACCCAGGUCCGGACGCGGCGGCUCAUGAAGGAGCUGCAGGAGAUCCGGCGGUUAGGGGACAACUUUAUCACGGUAGAACUGGUGGACGACAACCUCUUCGACUGGAAUGUCAAGUUGCACCAGGUGGACAAAGACUCUGCGCUGUGGCAGGACAUGAAGGAGACGAACACCGAGUUCAUCCUGCUGAAUGUCACUUUCCCCGACAAUUUCCCCUUCUCGCCGCCGUUCAUGCGGGUGCUCACCCCCCGCCUGGAGAACGGCUACGUGCUGGACGGGGGCGCGAUAUGCAUGGAGCUGCUCACACCCCGCGGCUGGUCCAGCGCCUACACCGUGGAAGCCGUUAUGAGGCAGUUUGCCGCAAGCCUUGUAAAAGGACAGGGACGUAUCUGCAGGAAAGCGGGGAAGUCCAAGAAGGCCUUCAGCCGCAAGGAGGCAGAGGCCACCUUUAAGUCCCUGGUGAAGACCCACGAGAAGUACGGCUGGGUCUCCCCUCCCGUGUCAGACGGCUGA